AUGCUUUCACGAUUCCGCAACAUUCGCUCUUCGUCAUCGACCAAAAACACCUUCUCACAGAACAUAUUCAAUCAUCUUAACCUUACAAGACCACGAAGACACAUGGAUUGGCUAAAUCUUCCUGCUCAAUACGAAGAGUCUGGCAUGACCCUCGAUAUUGUGUCUACUGGAAAUUUAUCAUUUACGGGAGACGAUUUCGAUAGUCUUGAGGAUAUAGUAGAUAUUGAACCGGAGGCAGUCCCAUUACUUUCAACUGAAGAACUUCGGAAGAAUCCCAAUUUGGAUAGGCAGAAGCGAUUUGCUCUUCUAGGCAGUGCAGAUGGCACGAUGAAGUUCAUUGUGGUGGAGAUUAGGAAGAACUACCACGAUCGAACCAGAGCCAUCAAGGAUAUGCUGCCACCAGUCGACGCUGCGACAUUAGACUUUGAACAAUGCGGUAUCUGUAUUGAGUCAUACGCUGAGGCUACCAUUCCCCUUGAGCCCAAUCAUGAGCCUUCAAAGAUGCCAAAAUGUGGACACGUAUUUGGCCGAGAUUGUAUCGUUGAAUGGUUGAAGAAGCAUGAUACAUGCCCCAUGUGUCGGGAUGAAUUGACGCUUCCAGUUGCGUAUAGACUACGGGUGAAGACGAAUCAGAAUCGGGAACAAGCUAGAUCCAAUGCUUGA